UCUUGAUGACAAAAUGUUUAAUUAUAUACCGAAACAUGUGACCAUUUAACUACUUUUAAUUUGAUUAUCAUUUUCCUUCGAAACAUUUAAAAUGAUACGGGGUAUUGUUUCAUGAAAAUGUCUCCCUAGAUAAUGCAUUGUAAUUUCUUAAUCAUGCUUCUUCCGUUAUUACACAUAUUAGGAGAUUUUACUCGUCCUCAGAACACAAACCCAAUUUGUCCACCAUGUUAGGAAUUGACCUAAGAGAAGACUCGGAUUCUUUGGUUUCUAUGUACAGUACGUCAAGUAUCAAGCUGAACAUACACAACUGUAAUUGGCUUUACAUUUGGCCCAUCUCAUGAAGGUAUGACCAUACGAGUUCCCGAAGUAAAUCUGUAUAUAUGUAUUAUAACGACUAGCCUUUGUGCAAUGGCGUCUCUGGUACAUUUCAUGUUUUUCAUCUUAAUUCUAACGCAUGUGCAUUGUGUGCUUUUACGACAACCACAAGUUGUCUACGAAUGGCGAUCCCUGGAUUACGCCUGGCCAAAUGACACGACAAAACAACAGUUUAUCACCGAGAAGCGAUACAUAGUGGAAAAUAAUAUCAUUACUGGAAUUAAAGUAUUGGAUGGAAGCGUUUAUGUGACCGUGCCAAGAUGGAAACCAGGCGUCCCAUCGACGCUCAACAAAGUAAUGACCAAUCUAUUGAAUUCGGAGGAAAGCAUUCUAGAACCAUAUCCUAAUUGGAAGAUGCAAACAGUCGGGGAUUGUGACGCGCUCCAGUACGUCCAGAGCAUGGAGAUCGACCCAAAUACAGGACACAUGUGGAUAAUAGAUUCUGGACGAAUCAAUCGCCUCACGGACCAACCAGAGGACCUUUGUCCAGCUAAAUUGGUUAUUUACGACGUCCGAAGUGACAAGCUAAUACACAUAUAUGAGUUUCCCGACAACGUCGUUUCAAGAACGUCCAAUUUUAUGAACGACAUUGUCAUUGACUACGUAAAUGGCGUCGCCUCGUUUGCAUAUAUCACCGACACGGCUGAUGCUAAAUUGUAUGUGUAUGACUUCAAACAGGAUACGUCAUAUUUUUUCAAGCAUUCAUCUAUGGGAAUCUGAACCUGGAACCGAAACAAUUAAU